GGGACAGCGCGGCGCCUCAGGACGCGGGGGUGCUCCUUGCGCGGACGAACGCUGGUUUUCCAAGUACCCUGAAGGCACGUCUACGUCAUUUUAAAAAAUGGCACUCUAUACACUUCCCGCUACGGAGGGAGCCCAGAGCCAUCCCAGAGCCACUUCCUGAACGUUCCGGCACGGAGACGGACGCACGCAUGGAUCCCCUUGCAUAUGCACAGUUGAAGAGGCAAGCUGGGAACCAGGAUUUUAAAAAUGGAAAUUACUCUUUGGCCAUCAAAAACUAUGAUGAAGCUCUACAAACGCUUGGUUAUUUAAUGCAAUGGGUCCCGUGUUCCCGGGACAUAGCUGUGUUGUUGUGCAACAAAUCAACUGCCUUGUACUGCCUGGGCAAAUGGAAGGAUUCAAUGGUUUUAGCCCACCAAAGCUUGCAGUGGGAUCCGGAGUAUGUUAAGGCUUAUUAUAGAGCUGGCCACUCAUUCAUCAUGUUAUCAAAGUCUUAUGAGGCAGUUUCUAUGUUCCAUAGAGGUCUGGUUCUGCUUAAUUCUUCUGCACAUCGAUCUCAAAUUGCUGAGUUUAUUGCAGGAAUUUUCAUAAGUGUUAAUGAUGAACGAUUCUUGCCAGCAAAUUUCCAACCUGUGUAUGAUUAUAUUUUCAGUGCACAUUUUGAUGCACUGAUUUGGCAAGCAGUGAUAGAAAGGCUGGCCCAGAAAGGGAAGUGGCGGUCUUGUCUGUUGUUGUUGUCUGAGAAGCAAGAGUUGCCCCGUGAUCUCAGAGUUGACCAGGUAUCUCUGAAGAAUCUCUUUGAGACUUCUGAGUUGUAUGGUCAUGGUGAGAAGCUGCAGGAAGUAGCAGAGUUAGUGAAGUGGCUGAUGUCCAUUGGAGCGAAGGCUGAGUCCAUCGGACUGUAUCCGCUGCAUUCUGUUAUCAGGCUGUGUAUCAAAGCAACAAAGAACCAUCUCUUCAGAUGGUUACUGACUUGGAGGCCAGAACUGAAGAAUAGGAUCAACCAGAAAGACAGAGAUGGACAGACCCUGCUGCAUAUUGUGGCCUCUUCCAGUGAAUAUGCCCAGAAACGCAGACAAACAGAAGAUGUGAUCAUGCUCCUGAAUUUUGGUGUUGAUCCCACUGUUCCAGAUGCACGGUCAAGAUAUGUCAUAGAUAUCUUGAAAAAGAACAAGAACUUUGAUGCUGUAAAAGAAGUCAGCAAGCACAUUGAGAAACACACUUCCUCUGGGAAACAGACAGGAGAGAAUGAAAGUGCCACAGCUGAUACAGAUUCUUUCCAGGAUGUUCUGGAACAGUUUGUCCAGUUCUACAGGUGUGAAAAUGGAGCACAUAAUAAAAAUGUAUUGAAGGAAGAUGCAGUUAAGCGGUUUCUGAAAUGGCUGUCUUGUGUGAAAGAAAUCCCUGAAGAAAUCUCAUGCAACAUCUCCAAUGCCUGUGCUAACAGCUUCAUAAAACAGUUGCUGGGGAAGCAAAUGUGGCACAAAGUUUUGCUGCUACUAACAGGGAAAGCCAGUGGGGAAAAUCCAUCAUGUGGAGGACUCUUCAAAACCUGCAGUCUUUCAGAUGUUGACAUUGGCAACAUUAUCCAACAGUGUGAAAGACUGGAUGCUCAAGUGCCCCUCAUAAGAUGCUUGCUUGAACAAGGAGCUCUGCCUGAUGGUAUUGGAACCAGCUCUGAAAUACCACUGAAAAUAUGCCUCAGAAAGAACUAUUUUGAACUGGCAUAUCUGCUGCUGACCAAAGGCGCAGACCCUCAAAACCUCUCUGUUGCACAAGGAGAUACUCCUUUGCAUGCUGCUGUUUUCAUCUGUUUAAAUAUUAAAGAUGGCACUGGUUUAAACAUCCUGAGCUAUCUACUUGACCUCUUUGCUUCAAGACCAUCUGACUUUCCAUAUCUUAAUCCAAACACACAAGAUGACAAUGGAAAUACAGUGAUGCAUAUUGUUUUCCAGAGAGGAUUUUCAAAGCAGACUAAGAGAAUAACAGAGUUAUUGGCAAAAUUUGACAUUAACUUUAACAUAAAAAACAAAUCAGGAAAAGAUGUGAUGCAUAGAAUUAAAAAGAGAGAUCUACUGCUAGAAGCCUGGAAUAAUGCUGCACAGGAGAAGAAAAGGCACCGCCAAGAUAGAGCAGGGCAGUUGGUUAAAACAUCUAAACCCAUUUCAGCCUCUGAGAUGUCACAGUCAAAGAGCAUGGGGCGUUCUUCAUCUGGGUUCUCAUUAAAGGCACCAUCUGGCAACACAGUGCAUAAUGAUUUAAAAACCCUGUGUUCUGCAAAACAAAAAAGGAGUCAGUUGGCAAAACAGGAAACAGAAGGAAUAAACAGCCCCUUAACACUGCAGGAAAGUCUAGUGCAGGCAAUCACAUCUUUAAUUCAGCAAUUGAAAGUGAGUGACACCCUCAAAAAGGAUCAUCCUCUUGUGCAAAAACCAUCUUCAGCCCAGACUAAUUCAGAAGAGGGAAGGAGUUCUUUGCAGCCUUGUGGAAGCAUAGCUCAUCCUGAAAGAAAAGGGGAUGACUGGGAGAAAAAGAAGGGAACAGGGGAAUUAAGUAUGGCCCUGCCUAAUGGAGAGAAGGAAGAACUAGAGGAAGAAAAGGGGAAGAGUCUGGAUCUUGAGGCAUAUGUGCAGGAGUUUGAUAACAUGACUUGGGAAAUAGAGUGCACUCCUGAAAUGCUAAAGACUUUGAGUAGUAAAGCUGUGCCUCAUUAUCUGAAAGCUAAAACCAUUAUGACAAUUAAGCAGCUUGGCAAUGGGGAAUGGUCUAGGGGCCUCCAGAAACCACUGAAACACUUGAAAGCAGAUAUCCAGCUGUAUGAAGCCAAACUGGGCAAAGGUGCAAGAAUGCUAUGGGAACUUGCCAUUGACUUUUCUCCUCGUUGCAGUGAGAGUCCAGAAAAGAUCAUGGAGACAGAACAGACAAAAAGUUGUCUAGAAAAAUCAGGUCGAGUUUACACAGAAAUAAUUAGAAUUUGGGCCAUUGUUCUUGAUCACUGCAAGCUGAACCGUGCCUUAGAAAAUAUAUGCAUUUCCUAUAAUCGUGGCUUAUCCUGCAGUUUGAGGAAAAAGCUCAAGGGUAUAAACAAAGGAUAUCAGAACCACAGUGUGACAACACAGAAGCGUGUUCCACGUUGUUAUGUUGAAGACGUGGAGGCAGAAAAAUCAAAAGAACAUAGCAUGCCUGAGUAUUUCCCUCCAGCUAGUGCAGCAGAACUGGAAUACAAUAUAAUGAAGUUUCACAGCUUCAGUACUAACAUGGCACUUAACAUUAUAAAUGAUGUGCAGUCUUCUGUUGAUUACCCUUUCCGAGUUGGGGAGUUGGAGUACGCAGUGAUUGAUCUCAAUCCAAAGCCUAUGGAGCCAAUCAUUUUAAUUGGACGAAGUGGGACAGGGAAAACCACUUGCUGCUUAUAUAGGCUUUGGAAGAAAUUCUAUUCAUACUGGGAAAAAUCAGCCUUAGCAGAUGGACCUCUGUUGGAGAGGCAGACAUGGCAGCAGAGACAGUGCAGUGAGGUUGAAAAAGCUAGUUCAGGGAAGGAAGAGAGUGAAGUAAAACACGAGAGUGAUGAUUCGAGUGAGGAGCGGGUGAGUGAUGAGCAAAACCAGGACAGCAUGGAUGAAAAGGUUCAUGCGGGCACAGCUGGGGCAGAAAUGAAUUCAUGUGGUGACCAUGGAGAAGACCAAACAUGUAGUGCAGAAGCAUCAAACAGGCUGGAGCACCUGCACCAGAUCUUCGUAACAAAAAAUCAUGUCUUGUGCCGAGAAGUUCAGAAGAAUUUCAUUGAACUUAGCAAGUCUUCCAAGGUGACCAGUCACUUCAGGCCUCUGGACCCAAAUAUUCACAGGCUACAAGAUAUUAAAGAUGAAAAUUUUCCACUAUUUGUCACCUCCAAGCAGUUGUUGCUGUUACUAGAUGCAUCCAUGCCUGACCCAUUUUUUCCAAGAAAUGAAGAUGGAAGUCUUAAAAGAGUAAUUGUUGGUUGGAGUCCUCAGGAAGACUUGGUUAUACCAAAUUGGCAGGAUGAGGAUGAAGAGGGUAAUCUUGAAGCAGAACAUGGUGAUGAUGGAGGAGCUGCAGAUGCGUGCUGUAAGGAAAGUGGUCCUUGGACUUUUGUGACUUACAAUGUAUUUGCAAAUGAAAUAUGGCCAAAAAUGAUAAAAGGUAAAAGCUUGUACAAUCCAGCACUGGUUUGGAAAGAAAUAAAAUCAUUUCUGAAAGGCUCUUUUGAGGCACUGAGUUGCUUUGGGGGCAAGCUUACUGAGGAGCAGUACAAAAUGCUAGGCCGAAAGAGAUCACCAAAUUUCACGGAAGACAGGAGUGAGAUCUAUCACCUCUUCUGUCUUUAUCAGCAGAUACGAUCACAGAGAGGUUACUUUGAUGAAGAAGAUUUACUGUAUAAUUUAUCUCAAAGACUUUCAAAGCUCAGAGAGCUGCCAUGGUCUAUCCAUGAGUUUUAUGGUGAUGAGAUACAGGAUUUCACGCAAGCCGAGCUAGCCUUGUUAAUGAAAUGCGUCAAUGACCCUAAUGCCAUGUUUCUAACUGGUGACACUGCCCAGAGCAUAAUGAAAGGAGUUGCUUUUCGUUUUAGUGACCUGAGAUCACUGUUUCAUUAUGCAAGCAAGAGCUCUGUGAGCAGGAAGCAGCGUGUUAGGAAACCCAAAAGGAUAUAUCAGUUGUACCAGAACUACAGGUCCCAUUCAGGUAUUCUCCGUUUAGCAUCUGGAGUGGUUGAUUUGCUUCAGCAUUAUUUUCCAGAAUCUUUUGAUCGCCUUCCUCAGGACUGUGGUCUCUUUGAUGGGCCAAAACCUACUGUCUUGGACUCCUGCAGUGUUAGUGAUCUAGCAAUUCUGCUGAGAGGCAACAAAAGGAAAACACAGCCCAUAGAAUUUGGAGCACAUCAGGUGGUAUUAGUGACAAAUGAAACUGCAAAGGAGAAGAUACCUGAGGAACUUAGUUUGGCGCUUGUACUGACAAUUUAUGAAGCAAAGGGCUUGGAAUUUGAUGAUGUCCUCCUAUACAACUUCUUCACAGAUUCAGAGGCUAGCAAAGAAUGGAAGAUAAUUUCUUCUUAUAGUCCUGAUCCGGAUGUGCAAGUGGGAAGCAACUUGCUAAUUGAAGUGCCAUUAGAGAAUGCCACUGAUAUACAAGAAAGGACUCAGUUUAAUGUAGAAAUGUACAAGUUGCUGAAUGAAGAACUCAAGCAAUUGUAUACUGCAAUUACAAGAGCCAGAGUCAAUCUUUGGAUCUUUGAUGAAGACUGUGAUAAACGGGCUCCAGCUUUUAAGUAUUUCAUCAAAAGAAAAUUUGUUAAGGUUGUCAAAACAGACAAAAAGAAAGACUUAGAUGACAGCAUGUUUGCUAAAACCUCUACUCCAGAAGAAUGGAUUGCACAGGGAGACUAUUAUGCCAAACACCAGUUCUGGGAGGUGGCUGCCAAAUGUUACCAAAAGGGAGGAGCAGCUGAGAAGUCAAAACUGGCCCUGACACACGAUGCUGUUCUCAAAGUGCACGCAAAGAAAAGCAGCCCAAGGGAAAAACAGAUGGAAUAUAUGACAUUGGCUAAAACUUACUUGGAAUGUGGAGAACCAAAACUAUCACUAAAAUGUCUGAUUCAAUCAAAGGAGUUCCGUCUUGCUGCAGAAUUGUGUAAAAAAUUAGGAAAGAUGAAAGAUGCUGCAGUAUACUAUCAGAAAAGCCAAUGCUACAAAGAAGCAUCUGAAUGUUACGAACUAAUUGAGGAGUUUGAUCUGGCCAUUAAAAUGUAUUGUCAAGAAGAACUCUACGAAGAAGCAGCCAAGGCGGUUGAAAGAUAUGAAGAUACAUUGAAUGCAAAAGGACAAAUGGCUUCCAAACUCUCCUGUACAGCAAAUCAGUUGUAUUUGGAAGCAGCUGCAAAGUACCUGAGUAUGAACAGGACUGAAGAAAUGAUGCAAGUCCUCUCAAAACUUGAUAUAGAGGAUCAGCUUGAGUUUCUGAAGUCUCGUGGAUGUUUGCACCAAACAGCAGACUUACUGAAAAGGAAGGAUCGUCAGGAGGAGGCUGCAAAGUUAAUGAAACAACAUGGGUUUGCUCUGGAAGCAGCCAACCUCACAGCUGUAAAAGAGUUUCGCGCAUCGUGUUUGCUUGCUGAAGCACGUGCCAGGCUGAGUCGUGGUUCAGAAUUACAUCUGGGGAACAUGGAGAGCAUCCUAAGAGAAGCCCUUGAACUUUGUGAACAAACUGGGCAGAAGUCUGGCAUUGCUGAGGCUGUGCUUUUGCAGGGAGCUCUGAAAGGAGACUUCAUGAAGCUGAGCAAUGCAUACCAUCAGUUCCUAUCUCUGAAUCAUUCUGCUGGUGCAGUUGAAGCUCUCUUUGCAUUAUGUCGCUGCAGCAGUCCUAGCCAGAGCAUCCUCUUCAUGGCAACACGUGGCUUAAUGGCUCUUCUGAGUCUUGUCAGUGGUCUAAAAAAAGCAGCCACCAAUGCAGAGAAAGAUAUGGUGAAGUUAUGCUUUGCCUAUUUUGGGAUUGUCCCAACAGGUGACAGUUGCCAGGUGUCUCAAAAUGAAGCUGAACCCAUUAUCAAGUUUUUGUUAGACAAGCCAAGUCUAAAGGAGAAGAAGGCAAAAGAUGAUUUCUCAGUAAGCACAGAGAAAGUAAAAUCAGCUUUGAAGCAGCACUUGUUAAGCAGGUUAUGCUUUAUCGCCCGUGAGUUACUGAGCAAGAAGUACCCUCAUAUUUGUAUGAAGUUCAUUGCCGGAUUGAACUGUGAAGAUGAAACCUGUGAGGGUUACCACAGGUCCUUGCUGCGUCAUGAAGCAAAGACAAUAUUUCAGUGUAAAAUGCAUCUGGUGGCAAUAAAUGGACUGUUGUUGGAAGCCACACGCACUUUCCCUAAAGAGUUACUGAAUCAGUGCAAAAACUUUGAGGACAUUUUGACUUUUGACAAAUAUGCGUCAUGUAAAGCCCUCCUAGGAAUGUUUUUUCCUAAUCAUUUUCAUUUGAGAAUACUGUCUGAGAACCCAAAAGCAUGCAAAGAAAUAUUGCAAUUCAGUAGUGUUAUUUCCAAACCUUGUAGAGCAAUGUUGAGGAAGUACAUCACAUUUAAGUUUAAUAAUGAAAACAUUGCUGCCAGAAGAGAAUCAACUGACUUGUGGCUAAGUGCCAUGAAGAUCCUGAUCUUAUCUUCAGGAUAUCCUGAAGAAUUUGAGAAACUUCUUUUUAAAGAAGAGGAUAAUUAUAACAAAGAGCUAAUGUUUGCUUUGGCAAAGGCAAAAAGUUCCCCAGAGAAUAAAGGCCAGGGAGAAAAGACCAAAGGAAUAGAGGGCAGACAUGGUAUGUUGCUACCUGACAAAAAUGCUGAAAAUGCAGGAAGAACACACUUAUGCUUCAUUCGACUUCUUGAAAAUUCACUUGAGCAAUUCUAUGUUCAUAAGAAUCCGGAAAACUGUAAAAGAUUUUUUUUCCGUUUCAUGAAUGUCCUGAUCAAGAAAUGCACAAGGUACCUGAUUCCAAGUAUAGGAAAUACUGUGAUGUUGCUGGAAUUCCAGUAUAUUCUAUGUUCUGCUGUCCUGAUGCGUCUUGCCAAGAACAUUACUCUCUGCCUUCCAAAGAGUUACAUUGCUCUCCUUCAUUACUGGGAGUUUUUGUUCAGACACAAGGACCAUUACAAAGAACUUAAAGACACAUUUUCUAUUAUACAGGAGUAUAGACCAAAAGACACAAAUUUAGCCAUAUACUAUUUCAGAUCUCAUCUCUCUUAUCUAGGAGAAGUCUUGUGUGGUGUUCAUGGAAGGUUCAAUGUCCUCCUGGAUGCAUUCAGGGAUCCCAACUGCAUAACUUCAGGGGAGGCUGAGCGGACAGUAGUGCUGUGCUUAGUGAUGUUACUGAAUGCUGACCAGGUGCAGAGUUCUAAAGAUAGAUCCGUCUUGUGCCGCCUCUUUCCUGAAAUCAAGGCAAUGCUGGAAUCAGUGAGAAAAGACACUCCCUCUAAAGUACCUGUAAGAUUGCUGAGGGUCGUGGAACAAGUGGGUUAUGCUACACAUGUGAGAGAAGUUGCUGCAGGUCUGCAAGAGCUGCUGACAGAGCGAGAUGAAGAGCACUUGGUUGACUGUCACUGGACAUGGGACACUGCCUACACUCAGGGGCAUCCACCCAUACGGGGCAUCCAGUUUGAACGCGUAAACCUUGACAGGUUUAUAACCUCUUUGGAUGAAACAGAAUAUGCUGAUGAGCUGGAAGAGGAAUUUGAAGAGGUUCAUUGCUUAGAGGACCAAAAGGAUCUCCUGGAAGUCAUUGCUCUCAGCAAGCAACAGAAGCAAGAACAGAAAGCAUCUGCUCAACGCCAGCUGUAUCGUGUGUUCCAUUUUAUUUCCCUAUAUGUGAAGUGGAAAAGGAAGGCCCACUCCAGAGUUCAUCCUGUUGGAGUGAAAGAAGAGGAAUUUUUAUCAGAGGUAUUCAAAAGAGCAGAUAUUGACCAAACCCAGUGUGACCUCUGUGGAGUCAGAUUCAUUCAAAGCUCUGAGAACUAUUUCAGCCGGUCAGAAAGCCUGGAGGCAGACACUUCUGAACCUCUGACACCAACAGAGAAUGGUGUGGAAGAAAAGUUGCAUGCAGAAGGAAAUGCAAUUUCUGUGGCUAGUGAGGCCUAUAUGGAGCACAGAAACACAGAAGAACACACAAAAAACCAUACUGCCUACAGGCACUAUGCUGAGUUUUUCAGAAGAAAGAUAGAUCCAAAAAUACAUGAUGGACUGGAACUAGUGGAGGCCAUUACAGAAAGGGAUUACACCCGAGACCAUUUAGCAUAUAAAGAAGGUUCCAACUUACGCAAGAGGAAAAUCAAAGAGAAUAUUAAAAAAAUUUCAGAUGCAGUAGAGGAAAUCUAUGAGAAAAAAGCCUGGGCUAAAGCUGAAGAAGUAAUGACCAUGCAUGCCCACAAAUUGGUGGACACCAUUGAUGAUGCUUGUAAGUGGCUGAAGCAAAUGGACUCUCACAGGAUAACAGAAGAAGGCUUGGUACACGACAAAGACUUGGAAAAUGAAGUGGAAGAUGCAAUUAUGGCUUUUGAAGAACUUGUCCAUAAAAAACGCUCAAGGAAAAAAGGAAGACAUGGGAAACUAUAAACUGAAGAAUUAUUCCAGAUGGCUAUUUUAUCCUCUUAACAAUCUAAGUUUAGAAUGAAAUUUUCUUUUUAAAAAUAGAGGGAUGGGAUCAGAAAUCAGAAGAGUCUGAAGAAAAAGAGCAAUUUAUGCCGUGUUUUAAUUUGGGUUUUUUUAAUUGCUUGUAUUGUGUCAAAAUAAUUACCUAUGUCAUUUUAAUGUAAUUGUUAAAAUCUAUGACUGGACCAAUUUCCUUUCAAACCUGUGUGAUAGUGUAAAAGUAACAAAAGCCAAAGAAACAAGCAAGUAGAAAAAUAUUAAUGUUCUGACUUAUCUCAGGGGUAUUUUUCCACUUUUUUUUUCUUUUUUUUCUUCUUCAUUGUAAACUUUUGUCAUCAUUCUUCUGAGCUGGAAUCCUCAGAAAAAUAGGUUGAUAAUUUUUCUGAUUUAAGAGUCUUAGUAUGUUUAGAACUUUUUGAGUCAUCAGAUGAGAUAUUUACAGCAUCCCUCUUUUCUAUUUUUAUAGACAAGAAGGCACUAAACACAUUCAUAUUUCUGACAGUGUAUAUAUUCUUUUGAUCAGAUAGCUAUGAAAGUUAGGGGUUGAUCUUUGUUUAAUAGAGUUCUGAUAUAAACUUCUACCUGUACGUAUUGAAAAAAUAGAUAAUCUUAAAGAAUGUUACAUAUUUUAAGUGCUUUGUAAGAUUUGAUUUUAAGGCUUAAUUUGAUACAUUUUUCUAAUGUAUACUGUUUUUAUCAAACCUGUAAAAUUUUUUAAAUCACUUGGUCUUGUCUUAUUUUUUGAAUGCUUUCUGAAAGCUGUAUGUGACUGCAUGAGUGAGAUUUGUAAAUUGGGUCCAGAGUAUGUUUGUUCUGAUGGGAUCUCAGUGUGUCCAGCAUAUUGUACUGUCCUGGUUUUGACUGGGAUAGAGCUAAUUUUCUUCUUAGUAGGUGUAUAGUGCUGUGUACUUGAAUUUAGGAUGAGAAUAAUGUUGACAACAAUCUGAUGUUCUGGUUGUUGCUGAGCAGAUAUUACUGUAGAUCAAACACUUUUAAGUUUCCCAUGGUCUGCUAGAGAGCAGGUGCACAAGAAGCUGAGAGGGAGUAUAGCCAGGACAGCUGACCCCAGCUGACCAAAAGGACAUUCCUUACCAUAAAAUAUCUUCUCAGCACAUAAACUGGGAGGAGGUGGACCGGGGGGGAUGAUCACUUCUGGAGAGGGGCUGAGCAUC